CAAAUCGCUACCUCUUCCGGCUCACGGCCCAAAAAAAAAAAUCAAUUCCAAACAUUUCCAAAAGUUCAAUCCCCAUCGUUGAAAUCGAGCUGCUUCUUCAUCUUCUUCCUCCCUUUCUGAUUUUUCGCGCUCUUCUCCUCACAGUAGAAAAGGGGAGUCAAAAUGGGCAGCAGCUCUUCCAUGCUCACUCAGUACGACAUAGAAGAGGUCCAAGAGCACUGCAGCAACACCUUUUCGCAGCAGGAGAUCGUGUCACUGUACCAGAGGUUUUGCCAGCUGGAUCGGAAUGGCUGCGGAUUUAUCUCCGCCGACGAGAUCAUGACCGUGCCGGAAUUCGCUGUCAAUCCCCUUUCUCAGAGACUGUUUAGGAUGCUGGAUGGACUAAAUUUCAAGGAAUUUGUAGCAUUUCUAUCUGCUUUCAGCUCUCGAGCAACGUUGCAGCAGAAAAUUGAAUUUAUUUUUAAGGUUUACGAUUCUGAUGGUAAUGGAAAAGUUACUUUCAAUGAAAUGCUGGACAUAUUGCGGGACCUGACAGGUCAAUUCAUAUCUGAACAACAAAGAGAGAAAGUUCUCACUCAAGUUCUUGAGGAAGCAGGCUAUGGAAAGGAUUCUCUAUUAGUUCAAAGUGACUUCAUGAAGAUUCUUGGCAGUUCGGGUUUGAAGAUGGAAGUUGAAAUUCCAGUAGACUAGAGGAAAAUAUGAAAUCAAGUAGGCUGACAUGAUUUUGUUUCACUUUAUUGUAGCUUGUUUGUUACUCCUUAUGCGUCUCGUAGAUGGCUAGUUUUGUUCCCGACAUGUAUUUUUCAUUCAAUUUUUUUAUAUCACAUCAAUUUUACUCGUAUAUUUUUGCCUCAUAUCGAUUCACUAUCUCACGUUUUCUAAAUAUUUUUUCCAUUUUUAUCUCACAAGA